UCUCUUGACACGUUUAUUGUUGUUCUGUUUACUAUCUCUGCCUUGAGCGGUAAAUUUGUUGUAGUUUCGAUCAUCGCAUUAGCCUGCUAAGUGUAUCUUUUUAAGGAAGAAUUCCCGAGAUCCGUAAUAAGUUUGUACUUCAACAAGUGGUUUUUCUACCCAGAAAUAGCUUCCGCAUAGGCAAUAUUGUACUUCCGUGUUUCAUUGCAUAUUUUUAUGGAAAUAUGGAUUCGUAUAAGGCAUUAUGCGAAAUAUGUGGUAUCAGUUUUACGUUCAGGAAGGAUUUAUACAGACAUUUGAGAGUAUUUCACGACAUGGACGUAAAUUUAGAUAAGGAUAAAGAAACAUGCGACUUGUGUGAUAAAAAGUUUUCGACUAUCGCUGCCCUCGAGCGUCACAAGAAAACUCACAGACCCGCUCCACAAAAACUGUCGUGCACGGAGUGUGAUGACUUCAUAUGUCGUACGAGGGAGGAGCUAAGAGGUCACCUGGAAUGUGAGCAUGGAAUAAGUAUGGAAACUAAAGAACUGGAGUUUGAUUCAAUGGAACAGUUUCUGCAGUGGAAAUUGAAGAUGGAGGGUGAUGCGAAAGUUUUCUUUACAAAGAGAACUGGUGAAAGGAUGGUUGACAGUGAGAAAUCCCGUUUAUACUACAUUUGCCACCGUUCGCGAUCUGCCGUGAAAAGUGGUUUUGGCAAAAGAUUGAGAGCAUCAAACAAAAUUGACCAAACGUGUCCAGCAUCCUUGAUAGUGACAAAGAUGCCAUCAGGCAAAAUAAGUGUCAAAUGUUACAUGACCCACACAGGUCAUAACUUUUCUGUGGGGCCUCUCCAUUUUGCUCAUGCUGACAGAGCAAUGGUUACUGGCCAAAUAGUACUUGAACCCGAGAGUACGUAUGAUGUUACUGUGAUGGAAGACAGUGGCACAACAUGGCAGCAAGAAGUACAGCACUUCACACCAGGGCCUGUCAUUGUGACAGUGGAAGAAGUAGAUGCCAUGUCAUGGCAGCAAGAGUUGCUACACAGCACACCAGAUAUUUGUGGAAAUAUGUGCGAAAAAUGUGGUACCAGUUUUACAUUAAGGACGGACUUAUACAGACAUUUGAGAGCAUUCCACAACAUGGACAUAAAUUUAAAUAAGGGUAAAGAAACAUGUGACUUGCAUGAUAAUAAAUUUUUGACUAUUGCUACCGACGAUCAUCGCAAGAACAUGCACAUACCUGCUCCUCAAAAACUGUCAUGUACGGAGUGUGGUGUUUUUAUAUGCUAUACCAGGGAAGAGCUAAGAGGUCACCUGGAAUGUGAGCAUGGAAUAAGUAUGGAAACUAAAGAACUGGAGUUUGAUACAAUGGAACAGUUUCUUCAGUGGAAAUUAAAGAUGGAGGGUGAUGAGAAAGUUUUCUUCACAAAGAGAACUGGUGAAGGGAUGGUUGACAGCAAGAGAUCCUGUUUGUGCUACAUUUGCCACCAUUCAAUAUCUGCCAUGACAAGCAGUUUUGGCAAAAGAUUGAGAGCAUCAAACAAAAUUGAACGAACCUGCCCAGCAUCUUUGAUACUGACAAAGAUGCCGUCAGGCAAAAUCAGUGUCAAGUUCUACAUGACACAUACAGGUCACAACUUGUCUGUGGGGCCUCUCCAUUUUACUUAUGCUGACAAAACAGUGGUUACUGGCCAAGUAGUACAUGGACCCAACAACACUGAUGGAAUUACUGUGGUGGAAGAUGGUACUGAAUUAUGGCAGAAAGACCUGCAACAACACAGAUUACCUGGGCCUGUCAGUGUGACUGUGGAGCUUAAUAGUGCCAUGUCAUGGCAACAGGACCAGCAGCACUUCACACCAGGUGUCAACACUAAGCAAGGUGUUGCUGUGGAGCAUAGUUAUGCUAUGCCAUGGCACUUAUCAUAGCGAUACAGCACACGAGUGUAACACAGCUUCAGCAGUGCUGGGUAGUGUCAACUCCACUGGAUGGUAUGGGAUCAGAAAUAAACAUGUCAGGGAAACCCUUCUGACAAUUUUAUCCCAGAUGUGUGCAGGAGCAGGAGCAAAUCUAGUCAUGGUCAGGUUGGAACCAUUUGUUAUAUUUCUCUUGAAUACCUUAAAAAAGAGUCUUUAGUGGCUACAUUCAGCAGGUGCUGAGUGGGCAUCAAAUUCAUAGUUCUUGGCAAUCAUUCCAGGCUGGCGGCGCGAGCUGCGUCAGUUGCCGGCUACAUGGCGAGGAUGGUAUCGCGGCAGUGGGUGACGGAAGCAAUGGCAUUCGGUCACUGAUUCACUCCCUUUUUCUGGCUGGGUGGCCAGUUCUUAUAAUCAAGAGUAGUCCUGUGAAGAAGUGCAAUCCCAUGCAGUGGGAGCCACAACUGUAUCGCAGCACACCAGGUGGACGAUGUUGGCACAUCGAAGGAUGGUGAUUCAGCUCCAGCAUCUUGCAAGCUGAAGGUGGAUCUUGCAACAAACAAUGUUGCGGAUGUCUACAGUAACUGUAUAUUUAUAGUGAAUAAUCCAGCAUCCUCACAGACAGUUCACGAGUCACUAGAUAUUCAGACAUCCACACCUAGGUCCUCAACAACUAAGAAAAGAAAGCAAAGUGAAGAAUAUGGAUCUGCAGUUCAGCUGAUAGCAAAGGCACUCCAGGAAGAUGUUGAUGGUGAUGGUGAUGGUGAUGAAACAGUCCUGUUUGUUAAAUUUCUCGGAGCAGAAAUUAAAAAAAUAGAAGUGUGACAAAAAGAAGACAUCUGAGAUUAUAACUAAUGAAAGUAUUCUAUAGAGAUUGAUGAAUAAAUUUAAUUUUGAAAUGUAAUUUGCUUCUAGACUAUGGAACUAUAUUCUGUACCUGUCUCACGAUGUAUCCUAAUAUUACCUCCAGAGAGAGAAUAAUAUGGGAUCAUUCAUGUCUCCAGGCAGUGUUUCUUCAUAUGAGCAAACUGACUGCAUUUAUUCACAAGCAGUUGUAAAUAAUUGUGUGCAGCAAAUCUCUCUAAAUCUGAUCAAAUAUAGAACAGACUGUUGUCAGUAUUUUUGCACACUAUGAUCAGUUUAUUCAGUAAUUCAGCCAUCCAAUGUGAGCCGUGUUAAAAGAGCAUGUGAAA